AUGCGCGCCUUCAUUAUAGUUGUCAUCUCGUCCUUGAGUGUCGCCAUGGCCUGCAGCAAGGUUACCAAAGUAACCCACACCUUCUACGGCUAUCCCGAUAAUGACCCGCCCGGUCCAGCCACCGCCUACGACUGUGGUCGCGGCUACAAGGCUGGGGGCACUGGCACGUACGCCGACCCGUUGACCUUCGCCUCCGCGCCAGGAGAGUUCAACCAGUGCGAAAUCAUUUACGACCCCUACACUCGCAAGUACCUUCGAUUCGAAGACUUUUGCGCGCAGUGCGACAGCGACUGGAAGGCGAGCCCAAAGAUCGCCCACAUCGAUCUCUGGACAGGGAGCGCGACUGUGAACGGCGGUCAAGACCAGAUCAAUUGCGAGAACAACCUUACGCCAAAUAGCCAGACUAUUGUGAGGCAGCCGUCGAAGAACCUACCUGUUGACUGUGAGUACUUGCUGUCGGCGAUGAGGCUGAAUGACACUAAUACAACAUCAGCUACUGCGUUGUAUGUUAAGGGCGUCAAUCCUUCUUGCAGGACCAGCCAUGUGUACUCGAGCUACAACAUCGGCGACUACUGCUAA